AUGCGCCUUAGGGUUUCACCAUGCCCCAGUUCUGGUGAAGACAAUGUGCACUCACCUCUGGCUGUCUCCCAUCAGCACGUUUUCCCGGUCCAUCACAUACACUCGGAGAAUCGGGAUCGAGAUGAUGAGGGUGUGGCCAAAUUACGCGUAAAUGAAGUUGAACACAACACGCAAUUCACGGUCACUGCCUUGGAUCACUUUCAAGGUCAUGUUACGGGGGCAUUGCGUUCCCGGGAGUAG